AUGUCCAGCAUCGCCCAGGUGCUCGUCGAGCGCUAUGUUCCACCUGAAUUCAGGCGUGAAUUCGUCCUUCAUCUAUUCCUCUACGCGGCGCUAUCGUGGGGCCUAGGAAAGGACGAAUCGCUCGACUGGGAGCUGCUGGCUCUGGGCCCCAAAGGUGCCGUGCCGCCCCCAAAGCCCAUCCUGUGGACUCUGGGGUAUAACAGACUUGUGGUGUUUGCCUUCCUUGCUCUGCUUUGCAUGGCACCACGCCUGUACAUGUCACCUCGGACAAUAAGGGUUCACGGCGGUGACAACUGGUUUAGGUCGAAAGACUGGAUAUCCGGGCUCGUCUGGGUUCUGAUCCAUCACUACUCCAAAAUGCUCUUCCCUCUUUGGGGCCAAUGGACCCUUCACAUAUACACUUACUUUCACAUAUCGCCCUCACCCCUCUCACUCGCUGGUUUCGAGUGUUUUCUUCUCUCUAUUUUGGGUUAUCUUCUCGCUCUCCCCCCAGCCCUGAUAUAUGCCCUCUACCGAGUGGCUGACACUUUCAUCCAUCCGCUCAUACGAUCUCGGUCGCGGUCAAGCCAUGAUUCAGGAAUUCUCGAAAGCGAGCGCGCCUCUGUCCUCUGGUUUUUGCGCUUCUAUGUUUUGUUGUUGAUCCCAGAGCGACACUUUCCCAAUUUUUCGGCUGCGUUCGCUUUCUGGUCUAUUUGGGGCUUGAUAUUUUUCGCGCUGGCCUUUUCGCUGUCGCUUGCUUUAUGGUGGAACUCGCAGUUCCCUCCAGAGUCAUCAUGUCCUUCUCAAAUCUCGGGAAUGGCACCACAAUUUAAAUACACACCGCUGGCUAGCAAGUCGCAUAUUCGAGUGCUCAAAGUGCUCCCCAGUCUCCGGGGGAGCGAAGCAAUAGCAUGCCAGUUGUUGCAGGUCGAAUUGCAUGGCUCCCGACCAUCCUAUGAUGCGAUUUCGUACCAUUGGCAAAUACCGGGACAAGAUCCUUCCAAUGCUAACGAGCCAGAAACCAGAAUCAUUAUGAUCAACGGAUUUCAGUACGAAGUGUUCCCGAAUGUAUUAUCAAUUUUGAAGGAUGUUCGGAACUGGGUAUUCCCCAGGUACAUCUGGAUUGACUCCAUCUGCAUCGACCAGAAUAAUCUUGCCGAGAAAGAGAUCCAAGUGGCGAUGAUGCGGCAGAUAUACGAGGGCAGCUCACAUGUUGUCAUCCAUCUGAUAGAGCCCGAGCCACCUCGACGCGACGUGUUUCAACUGCGCAACAUGGUGUCCAAGUUACGUGACAGCCGCGCGCUGCAAGACUUCUCAUACGACGACAAACCUGGGGAAUUGCUCUCUCUCGGAUCUUACAGUGACUGGGCCCACAUGGAGAGCUUUCUUGACGACCCUUGGUUUGUCAGAGCGUGGAUUGUGCAGGAGGUCACGGUAGCUAAGCAAGUCCGGCUUAGGCUAAGAGGACAGGAAAUCCAGUGGGGUGAUUUUGUACGCGCGUGUGCUGUGUUAUCACGGACUGGGACGAGAUGCUACAUCCACUACCGCUACCUCCUGGAGGGCAAGCCACUUCCCGCCGAUGCCGUCGUUGGGUCAAGAAUGGCCGGCGUUGAGAGCACCCUAGUGCUUGAUAAUAUGAGGGAGUGGUACGCAUCAGGCCAGCUACUCCCACUCUUGGAUACGAUGAUUCUGUGUCUCAGGUUUAAAUCAACUUGGGAGGUUGAUAAAUUGUAUGCCCUACUCGGUGUCAUUGAUAAAGGGGAUCGUGAUCGCUUGGGAAUCACCCCUGAUUACACAAGAGACAAAGAAACAAUUUUCAAAGAUCUUGCCUGUCAAUUGUUGCAGAGAGCUUCUUCUGUCGAUGAACAAUUCCGGAUUCUUCGUUUCGCAGGUAUUGGGCAAGCAAGGAACAUGAGUAGUCUGCCAUCGUGGUCCCCUGAUUGGACCUCUGGGUUGCCGACUUGCCCGUUCGUCAGUCGCCACGAUGAGUUCAACUACAAGGCAUCAACUCGGACGGGGAGUAAAAUGCGUUUCAGACCGCUUGAUGCACAUUCCUCGUCAUCUGGUGGAGUUGAUAAAGGUCUCAGUCCCUUUCUUGAGGUAGAUGGCCAUAUCGUUGACCGCAUCGCAUUGCUCUGCGAUGUUUCGGAAACACCACCCCCAGAGAACACGACAGACUUCCCAAUCCGCGAUGCUCUCGCCGCCGCCAUGGCUCAUAGUCUCGGGCGGGAGACGUAUCGCUCAACUGGCCAGCCAAUCGAAGAAGCGUUCUGGCGGGCUCUCAUCGCAAACCCGCAUCUACGCCGUCUACCAGCGACUCACGAUAUAAUGAAGGCCUGGGUCCUGUAUUUCAAGGGCUACGAAGCUGCUCGCGGUGGUAUUGACAAAGCAGAAGCUGUCCCAAGCGCAGCGCAGGAUGAUGAGGCGUGGGAUCUGCGACUCAUUUUCAGUGCCAUCUGGUUCUGGCAGGCCGAUGACGAAGACCUGCGGUUUGCGCAUGUGCUUGCGACUGACUUGUCAAGGCGGUGGCCUGAGCACCGACAUACGCUGCGAGCUACUAGCAUCCUGAAUCGGCCUUCAGACCAUAUGGAGGCUACUGAUGUUCGCAUGUCCGCCGGUCGACAGUUUUGCGUCACGGAGAAGGGAUACUUUGGGCUCGUGCCGCGGCUUGCCGCCAUUGAUGACAUGGUAGUCCUGUUUGACGGGGCAACGACACCUCAUGUGGUCCGGCCAUCAGAUUCCGAGACGUACAAUGCUGUGACAGCAUCCAAGAAUAAUGAUUUUCUUUGCAAGCUUGUGGGCGAGUGUUUUAUGCAUGAGGGUAUGGAUGGACAACUCGAGCGCGACUCUAGCAUUUCCAAGAGAACUUUUGUAUUAGAAUAG